GCGCAAACCAAGCCUGUUAUCACACCGUCCGGUGUGGUUCCAGUUGUACAAGGGAGUAACCUGACUCUUACAUGUUUCAUUGAAAGCAACGUAACAACAAUUAAUUACCAGUGGUGUUUUAAGAAUCGAGCAGCUGCAUACUUUUGUUUUAGUGCGAUUGACCAGGACGGGUGUGUCCAAAUUUAUGCAGACGGAUCUCUUCAUGGAAUUCAAUGUCUUGGCAACAAAUUGUUCAACCUGACUAUCUACAACAUUCAGAAUUCUGCUGACGGGAAAUAUUGGAAGUGUAAUCACGUAGUGGGCAAUACAUCCAAGAAUAGCGAGCCUAUAAAGUUAGACAUGCAAGAGGGUAUCGACUACGUCUCUCUGUCCCCUUCUACCACGUUGUACAGGGUGAUAGAGGGAGAACAACUAGAGGCUAUAACCUGUUUAGCCACAUGUAUUCCGGCCUGUACGUACACAUGGUCCACAUCAGGAAAAACGGUCAGUGCUACAGGCACACUGGACCUCGGUCAGGCGGAAAGAAGGGAUGCAGGAACCUAUAUGUGUACGGUUCAGAACACGAUCUCACGAUUUUCAAAAAAUGGACCAGUGGUGAGCCUCGAUGUCAUAUACGGUCCUGACAAGGUAACUCUGUCACCUUCUACAACGUUAUACAGGGUGGCAGAGGGAAACAACCUAGCGGCUAUAACGUGUUUUGCUACGUGUAACCCGGCCUGUACGUACACCUGGUCCAAAUCAGGAUCAAGGGUCAGUUCUACAGCAACUUUGUACCUCCGUCAGAUUGAGCGAAGGGAGGACGGAUCUUAUAUAUGUACGGUAUUGAACCCGGAAUCAAGUAUUUCAAAGAAUGGACCAGACGUGAGAGUUGAUGUCAUAUACGGGCCAACUUCCCUGAUGCUGAAUCCAAGCACACUACGCUACAUUAAGAAUGAAGGUGACAAACUUGGUCGAAUAACUUGUUCUGCUGAUUGCUUCCCUGAAUGCAAUAUUCUCUGGCGGAAAACUAGCGGGGUAUCAUAUGUCGUCAGUAAUAACGCCUACUUGUCCAUUGGAAAACUCGACAGAACGGAGAGAGGUACAUACAGAUGUGAGGCUAUCAAUCGCUACACACGAUUAAAGACUACAAACACGAUUACUGUCCAUGUCAGAUAUGGCCCAGACGAUGUGACACUGAACGUUCCCAAUUUCCACACAGUAACGGAAGGAAAUGCCGUCAAUAACAUUAAUUGUUCAGCGGAUUGCUGGCCGAGAUGUGUCUUUACUUGGUCUAACUUGGCAAACAAACAGCUAGUGAGCUCCUCCGCGGUUCUUAACUUUCGGACAGCGCGUCGCGACGACGCCGGUGAUUACAAGUGUUUGGCCAGAAACUCUGCAUAUGAGUUCUCGGGGGAGGCAGAAAAACACUUCACCCUUAGUGUUCAGUAUUCACCUGACGUUUUCAUAAGCGAGUCCUCAGCUUUAUUAAACGAAAACACCCCUCUUGAUCUUCUCUGCAAGGCAAGUGGUGAACCAGCUGUGUACAACUACACAGGCUUUCUGCAGCGAGUGAAUGGUAUCGUGAUCCCCAACAGUCAUGUGGAGAGCCUUGGUGUGAAGGAAAGUAUAUCUGUUAACAUUCCUUCCCUCCAACUUCAGGAUACAGGACUUUACACUUGCUUCGUGCAUAAUGGAAUUAUUGGCAUCAACAAACAACUCAUUCAGACUGCUUCACAAAGGGUCGAGGUCCAAGCAUCGCCACAACUCCUCCUGGAGAAAACCAAUUUUGCCGGAGAAACGUCAGGAAACAUCACCGUAGCCGUUCCGUUUGUUAGCAUUCCUGAGUACACAACAUACAGUGUGCUAAGACACGAUGGACAUCCCGUAUUGACGAAUGGAAAAUAUUCUUUGCAUAUAAGGAAUGAGUCUGUGUAUCCUUUGUUCUAUGGAAAGCAAGUCAAACUCACUGGAAAUGUUCUAGAAAUAAUUAUCAGCGACUUGUCAGAAAAGGAUUUCGGCAUAUACAACAUACAAAUAACCAAUGACAUAAAUACGGCAAAAAUUAGCAUUGAUGUCAAGGCAACAAGCAAGCCGUCGCAGCCAACAGAACUGAAUAUUAAUACUUUGGACAACAUCGCUUCCCUUGAUUGGAAAAAAGGGUUCAAUGGAGGACAUGAACAAACUUUUGUUUUGCAGACGUCGCUUAACUUAGAUGACUCAUGGACGAACAAAACAGUAAUUAAUGAAUCAGAUUCAAAGUAUAUAAAAGAAAAUGGAAGGUUUCAAGUACAGUUAACUAACCUAGUUCCAGGAAUAUAUUCCGCUAGACUGUUGGCUUUUAACAUAAUUGGAGAUGCUGAUCCUGUUGAGUUCAAAGACCAAUUUGAGAUCAAGGAGUUAAACGAAGAGAAGCAAACACCAAUACCCGGGGCUUUGAUAGGUGGAACAGCAGGAGGAGGCAUAUGUGUGAUUGUGCUGGUUAUUGUUGUUGUUAUCAUCUUUCUAAGGAAAAGAAAGACACAGAAAGGACAGGAAGAUAGCGAUUUGACGAACGGACAAAAACUGGAGAAUUUAUCUCACCGUACACAACCAGACGAUGACAACAUUCCAGAUGAGGUGGAUAACCCGAUGUAUGUAAGUGGAGAUGAUGUGGACAUUCCAAAGGCUACAACUACUGAUAUCUAUGCAACGCCUGACAAGAAAAAGCGGAAACAAAAUGAAGGUGCCGGUGAUAUAUAUGCAGUUGUGGACAAGAAAAAGAAAACGAAACACAAAGGUAAUAUAACAGGCAUUUAUGGAAACAUUGACAACAUACAGAUAACAAAACAGAAUAAUUGUGCAGGAGAUAAAUCACAGAAAAAGCGGGUUCAUAAGGAUGACCUCGUGUAUGCUGAAGUUGUACAUGCAAACCCAUCUAAGGGGAAAAAGAAGCUUGUCAUCAACGACAUUGAAGAUGUGACCGAAUAUGCCCAAGUGAAAUUAACAAGCCGGGCUGAUCCAUUUCCCGAUAAUGACGGAAAACAUGAAAAAUAA